UUAUAGACACAGCUUCAAGUGAUAUAGAACUAACAAAACAUGGGAAUUAGGCCACGUAUCAGGGUGCAAAGUUUGUGCUUUGGAGUUGCCACGCCUCGUGUUCGAGCCUGUGCUGCUGCUUCCAGUUUUUCUUCCAAGUCCCCAAAUUCAAAUAGAACUGCGUUUUCAAGCAGAGGCCAAGACUAUGGAAGAGGCAAGGGUGAUAAGGGGGAUCAUGAAAGUGGAAAUAAAGUAAUGGUGGUUGUGGAUUCAAGCUUUGAAGCUAAAGGGGCUCUUGAAUGGGCACUCUCUCAUGCUGUUCAGAGUCAGGACACUGUUGUUCUUGUUCAUGUUGCCAAGGCCAGAGAAGAUGCAGAGUCUCCUGGGAAGUUUAAUGUGAAGGCAUAUCAACUACUCCUAGACAUGAAAAGCAUGUGCGAGAUGAAGAAACCUGGGGUGCUAGUGAAUGUACUGAUGCUUGAAGGAGAGGAAAAGGGUGCUGCUAUAGUGCAAGAGGCAAAGCAACAAAGGGUUUCAUUAUUGGUUGUGGGACAGAGAAAACGUUCCAUUUUGUGGUGCUUUCUGAGGAGGUGGACACGGAAGAGAUCAUCAAGAGGUGGAGUUGUGGAGUAUUGUAUACAGAACUCGCCUUGCAUGACCAUUGCAGUGAGGAGGAAGAACAAGAAACAUGGAGGCUAUUUGAUUACUACCAAACGCCAUAAAAAGUUCUGGCUUUUGGCUUAGUGUGAUAAAAUGGGACCAGGUGUUAACUUGUUUCUGAAGUGCAUAAGCAACAAUGUUUUUCUUUAUUUUUUGGAAAGAUGCAAUGGUGUUAACUUGUUUCUGAAGUGCAUAAGCAACAAUGUUUUUCCAAAAUUGAGUGGGUUAAAAUGCACUUUAAAUUAAAUUAAGAUUACAUAUA